UGUUCUCAAAUUUUUCCUUCUUGUUGUGAUUUUUGCUAUGACGGGUGUAAUAAGUCCCGGCAAGUCGCAAAAAAUGUCGACGAAGGUGCUACGACAAAAGGCACAGGAUUUUCUCAACUCUAGAAAACAUGCCAAUAAUUUAGUAGACAUAAUUGGACAAUGGAAUGAAUCGGGUACUUCUUGUAUUCUCACCGUGGAGACGAUUUUCCUCGAGAUUUUAAAACGUGGUGACAUGUAUCAGGAAAAAACUAUCACUCUAACCAUAUCUGAACCAAGUCCUGAGGUGAGAUUUGUCAAUUGGUUGCGUAAUUGUUAUGAGGAAAUUUGGGAAAAAUUAUUAACAUCAAUAGAAGGAUGUCGACCUACAAUUCAAAUUCAGGCAUUAUCAACGGGCAUUAAAUUAAUGGCCGAAGAAGGAAAAUAUCCAAUUGAAUUUGUCAAUAGGGAUUUAAAUUAUUAUUUUCCCUUACAUCGAUUGAAACCAUUAUUAAUGUCAUUAUUAUCACCAGAGAAAGAUAAUGGAAAUUUAAUUUCAAGAUUCGAAGAAAUAUCUAAUUAUCCCGAUGCGCUUUAUUAUAUUUAUAAAUGCCUUCCGUCACUUACUCCAAAGAGACAGCCUCGUGAAAUUUAUAUUAGAAAUUUAUUAGAACUUAUACACAAGUUGCCUCUACAAAAAGAUAUUGAAGAAGGUGAAUCGUCAACAAAUGAUCGUCAACUAUUAUGUGGACCUCAAAAUGGCGUUAAUUUCACUUGGGAUUAUAUUAGUGCAAGACGUGCUUUAAAUAAAGUUUGGGCUUGUGUUAUGCAUUGGGAAUUGACGUCAGGUUUACAUAAACAAUUAUUAAUUGUUCUAUUAGAAAGAGUUAUGGGACAUUUAGAAAAACCAGUAUUAUUAACCGAUUUUCUAAUGGAUUCAUUGGAUGCCGAUGGUCCUAUUGGCCUUCUUGCUUUACAAGGUGUUUUUGUCCUUGUUACAAAACAUAAUCUCGAAUAUCCGAAUAUAUUUACCAAAUUGUAUUCAAUGUUUGAGCCUGAGAUAUUUCAUACAAAAUAUAAAGCACGACUUUUUUAUCUCUCGGAUCUAUUUCUCAGUUCUACACAUUUGCCAGAAGCGCUUGUUGCAGCGUUCGCGAAACGAUUAUCGCGAUUAACAUUAGUUGCACCACCUGAGGAUAUUAUAAUAAUUCUCCUUUUUAUUGGCAAUCUUUUAUUGCGACAUCCUGGCCUUAAACGUUUAAUUGAUCAUCCACAAAAUGGUGAAAUAAUAACUGAAGAGAGUGCAGGUGCUGGUGAUCCAUUUCUCAUGGAAGAACGUGAUCCAUUACAAAGUAAUGCAUUAUUUAGUAGUCUUUGGGAAAUAAAAGCAUUACAGUGCCAUAUUUUACCGAAUAUUUCAACGGCAGCACGUUUUAUACGUGAACCAUUGCCAUCAGUUGAAUAUGAUAUGGCAUCGGCACUUGAACGUACAGCUGGACAUAUAUUUGAUCGUGAAAUAAAAAAUAAAAUUAAAGAUAUUAUGUUAACAUUUGAACGACCAAAUUCAUUGGCAUUACCGAAGGGUGAACGUUUAUUGCAAUUUUGGCAAUUAACAACUAUGCAUUGAUUUUGAUUUCUAAAAAAAAAACAAUCGGUGCAAUAUCGAAAUUUUGCCGCACUAUAGUUGAAAAAAGAAAUUAUCACACAGAAAAAAAAAAAAAAUCAACGUUAUAGUUAAAACUAAUUUACGAUUUAUUUUUUACAAAAAAUAAAAUUUAUUUCGAUUUUUAUCAAAUUUGUAAAUUUUUUUUUUUCUAAACGUCAUUUCUUUUUUUCUUUGAUAAAAAAAAUGUGCGAAAACAGAUCGAAUCUGUUUUUUAGAUAGACAAACAAUAAUAUAUUAUAUACUUUUGUAUUUUUCAAAGUUGUAAUGACAAGGCCAGUUUUUUUUUUUUUUUUCGUUUUUCAAAUAUAUAUGAAAAUAUUAAAAAUAAUAAUAGAUUUGAGCACCUAUCAUUGAGACUGGAUCUUUUUGAGAAAGAAAAAAUUAAACCAAUUAAAUGUAUAAUUGUUAAAUGAGAUUUAAAAGAAAAAACACAUGUAUAGUUAUAAUUAAUUUAUUAAAAUCAAUAGUUAUGGACAAUUAAAAAUGAAAACAAUUAUAGAAUUGCUCUGCACUACAAUUUUUACAAUACACUAUAGUAGUUAUUCUGGUUUCGUCAUUACCAUUCGAGAGAUAGAGAGAGAAAAAGAAAGAAAGAGAGAGAGAGAGUGAGAGUGAAA